AUGUCGGAAGCGACCCUUGCGAUACGAAAGGUGAGGCUGAUCACAGCCGUGAAGACGCCUUACCUUGCUGACGGAAAGGUUGAUCUCGAGGCCUAUGACAAGAUUGUGGAGCACCAGAUCGCAAACGGAGUCGAAGGCUUGAUUGUGGGAGGCACGACGGGGGAGGGCCACCUCCUCUCCUGGGACGAACAUCUGGGCCUCAUUGGACACACGAAGGCGAAGUUUGGCGGCCGAAUAAUUAUUGUCGGAAACACAGGCAGCAAUCACACGGCCGAGGCAGUUUGGGCCACCGAGAGGGGCUUUGCUGCUGGUAUGGACGCAUCCCUGCUCAUCAACCCUUACUACGGCAAGACGUCAGACUCCGGAAUUAUCAUGCACCUGGAAGCAGCGCUUAAGUUUGGACCAGCCUUCAUUUACAAUGUACCAGGCCGAACCGGGCAGGACAUCAAGUCCAGCGUGAUGGUAAAGAUCAAGGAUCACCCUAAUUUUGUGGGCGUCAAGGAAUGUAUGGGCCACGAGCGCAUCAAGGAGUACAGCAGUAUGGGCGUUUGCUGCUGGUCUGGCAAUGAUGAUCAGAUGCAUGAGUCAAGACAUCAACAUGGAGCUGUUGGCGUCAUCUCCGUCACGUCCAACGUUGUGCCGGGGCUGGUCAAGAAGCUGAUGACGGAGAAGGAUGAUGCUCUGGACGCCAAGCUGCAGCCUCUCUACAAAUGGCUGUUCACGGACCCCAAUCCGAUUGGUGUCAACACCAUGCUGAUGAUGCUGGGUGCCGCGAAGCCCAUCUUUCGCUUGCCUUACACCUUCGUUCCCAGGGACAGAAGAGCGCAAGGAGUCGAGGUGCUGUCAUCCAUUGGUUUAGAGAACUGCCCAGCCUUCGGAGAGCUGAAGGUGCUUGAGGACAGGGCAAACAUAGCAGUGCUCCGGCGGAGGGGGAAAGCAUUCCGAUACACCAUGUCCCCCCCCCCCCCCCCCCCCCCCCCCCCCCCCCCCCCCCCCCCCCCACCCUACCCCCUGCAUAUCGGGCGUGUCGGCGUUUCGGCGCCGUUUCUGUAUCGGCCUGUCUGCGGGGGGGGAAGAGGCAAGGAGGUGGACGGGGGGGAGAGGGAAAGAGAUACACCGACACGCCGAUACAUCGAGACGUGGAGGGAAAGGCGGGGUUGGGGCAGGGAUAUCGGCGUAUCAGCGCAGGGGCAAUGCACCGAUACACCGAUACACCGACCCAGAACAAUGCACCGAUGCAUGGAUUCCGGGGGGUCCCGGGGUUUGGUCGACGCACGCCUGUGGCAAUCAAGGCCAAGUUCUAGGCUAGUCCUGGUUCGGUUUUUACGCCGCAGGAGGUCCCGAAAUGCUUCAUUCAGGAUUCCAUGUUAG